GAAUCGCUCACCUUCCUUCCGCCAUUUUUUUUGUUCUAGGCUGCAGAGUAAAACGGAAGGUCUUAAUUAGGGUUUUGCAGAGAGAGAGAGAUGAGCCGAAGUUUGGGGAUACCAGUGAAGCUUCUUCACGAGGCGUCUGGUCAUAUCGUGACAGUGGAGCUAAAGAGCGGCGAGCUUUACAGAGGAAGCAUGAUCGAGUGUGAGGAUAACUGGAACUGCCAGCUCGAGGACAUUACAUAUACCGCCAAGGAUGGUAAAGUAUCACAGCUUGAACAUGUCUUUAUUCGAGGCAGCAAAGUCAGGUUUAUGGUCAUACCAGACAUUCUCAAGCAUGCUCCUAUGUUCAAGCGUUUAGAUGCUAGAAUCAAGGGUAAGAGCUCAUCCCUUGGUGUUGGCAGAGGUAGGGCGGCAAUGCGAGGAAAAGUUCCGGCUACUGGGCGUCCGGCUACUGGGCGUGGAACUGGAGGAAGGGGAGCGGUACCACCUGUGAGGAGAUGAUUGAAUUUAGGCUCAGCAUGUAAGCUUCGAUUCUGAGACAAAGCCGGCCUCUCUUGCGUCUGUUAUUUACUGCUUUAGAGUUCACUGUAAAACCAAUGUUCUUCUCUAGCAAGAGAGAACAAAGAGAUAUGUCCAGAUGCACUUGUAGUUCUGUAUUUUGGAAUACUAAGAUGUUUUUUUUUUUUGUC